AAAAAAAGGACUACCCAUGUACGGAAAAACAUAAACUGAUCGUUAUCUCCUUCAAGUUAAAAUCAAACUGGCUAUUUAUCAAUUUUAAUCAUGCAUUAACGAUAAAGCUUAACCUUAGCUAGCGGUACAUCGGUUGUAUUACAUCUCAGCCCGUAUUGACAUAUUAACAUACUACAAUUAAUUAUUCAUGCUUAUUGGAUUCAUAGCGCGGCUGAAACAUUCUGAUAAUAUUAACGUGACUGUUGUUAAUCUCGACAGCGUCUUUAAUUAAAGAUGUUUAAUGUUUGUCUACGUUUGGUAGGCGUCUAUUAAUUUAUAGAUAACUAGCUGUCGCCCGUGGCUUUGCUCGCGUCUAUUUAGAUUAUCGAAAGGUAAAUGACAACUGCAAUCUUUUUUAAAUGGAAUACAUAGUAUGCUUGUUAUUUGUGUUUCCAAUUUCAUUAAAAUCGUUUUAAUACUUUUUUUGCGUUGCAACAAACCUACAUACAUACAUCCUUACAAACAUUCUCGUUUAUUAUAUUAAUGGAUGAUUAUCAUCGCAAGGAGGUCGGUGUUCGGGUGUUCGCACUCGAAACCCUUCCACGAGGUAUUUUGUUUGUAAUCCUUCUUGCGAGAACGCACUCAUUAAUUAUUAAGACGGCAAGUAACCUCAUUGACGUUCGCUACGUUAAUUAUCAUGUAAUCGCAUACACUACGCAUGUACUUAUGUUUGAAUUUAAAUACUCGUUUUAAUACAUUCUAACCUCAUUUAAAGAGAAAAAAUAUUGCUGAGUAAAAAAUAACUGUUUUAAACCAUAUCAGCUUUUAAAUUAGAGAAUAUUGAAAAUUAAUAAAGAGGGAUUCCUUUUUAUACUAUAACAUCAAUCUCUAAAAUAUCAAAGUGAACUUAAAAAGUCAUCAUAAUUAACAUUCAUUUAAAUUUGAAAUUAUUCAUGGCAGAAAGCGAAGUUGCUGUGGUGGUAUUUAACGCCGCACCUGCCCGAGGCGUCUUAGCGUGGUCGAAAUUAAUGCGACGCAAAGUCGGCAAAAGUCAAUUACACUUUAUUAAAACCGUCUCCAUUUAUAUCAAUUUGACGCAAACUGUUACAAAUACUGGUAAUGUUCCGUCCUUUCAUCCGAGAGCGAGGCGGGGCUACGCAAGCGCCAGGAGCGUAGAACACUCGUAGACAAAGCGGCGCGGCCGCGCGGGUAGCGUAGCGCGACCAGUACGCAGCCAGAGCGCCGCGAGCUCGCAGCGCCACCGCCGCCUCGCCGUCCCGACACCGCGCUCGCCGCUCGCCGCUCGCGCGCCGCACACCGAACCCCACUCGAUUCACCUGCCGAUGAAUAUUUAAUCGAGCCGAUUCCAAUGGCGAAUGAAUGAGGGAACUUCGUUACCCACCUGAUAGUCAUCACAACACUUUUGUUGACAUAUUUGUAGUACUUGGAAAAGUUCAUUCGAUUAACAUGUCGUUGGGGUAAACUAUUCAGCAUGAGUGGACGAAGAUUGGCCUCGUGUUCGGCAGUGACAGCUGUGCUGCUGCUCAUAAUUAGCGGUUCAGUAACAUCGUCCGACGAGUCAUUAUUCCCUCGUUUCGUGGAGCCGGUUACGAACGUGACUGUCACUGUGGGACGAGAUGCGCUGCUUGCCUGUGUCGUCGAAGAUUUACGAGGAUACAAGGUGGCUUGGGUCCGAGUCGACACACAGACGAUCCUGAGCAUCCAUCACAACAUCAUAACUCAGAACCCGCGCAUCAGCCUCUCUUACAACGACCACCGCUCGUGGUACCUACACAUCAAGAACGUGCAGGAGGUGGACCGCGGCUGGUACAUGUGCCAGGUCAACACCGACCCCAUGCGCUCCAGGAAGGGAUAUCUACAGGUCGUAGUACCACCGGUGAUAAUCGACAACAUGACGUCAACGGACAUGGUGGUUCGCGAGGGCACGAACGUGACAAUGGUGUGCCGUGCCACCGGCUAUCCGGAGCCGUACGUCAUGUGGCGCCGGGAGGACGGUCAGGAGUUCAACUGUAAUGGCGAGUCAGUGAACGUGGUAGACGGUGAAAACUUAACAAUAUCCAAAGUAUCUCGACUUCACAUGGGCGCGUACCUGUGCAUCGCUUCUAACGGAGUCCCGCCAUCGAUCAGUAAGCGCGUCGUGCUUAUGGUGCAGUUUCCACCGAUGUUGUCGAUUCCAAACCAGCUGGAGGCUGCUUAUAUUGGGCAGGACGUGACUUUAGAAUGCCAUACGGAGGCUUACCCUUCGUCCAUAAACUACUGGACGACUGACCGCGGCGACAUGAUAAUAUCAGGAAACAAAUACAUCACAUUACUUAGCGACGAUAGUUAUAGUCGGAAAAUGAAAUUGACUAUACGGCGAGUGUCGUCAAGAGAUUUUUCAUCUUACCGCUGCGUCGCGAAGAACUCCCUCGGCGAGACGGAUGGGCUUAUCCGGCUUGACGAAAUUCCUGCUCCUUCAACAACAAGCACUACGGACAACUAUGUGCCUACAUUCCCUCAGAGGAAAAAAGGUAAACAUAAAAAUCGCUGGCGGGACAGUUCCGCCGAGAACAGAGUCAUUGGAGACUACGAGGUAGAAGAGUGGAAAGACGUCGAUUAUGAGUCGACGCAGUCAUCCCGCUCCAGCAUCAGUCGUAGCAUCUCACUCAUCAUUGCCGGCGGAUGUCUGCUUGCCAGCUGACAUACGGUGAUCGGCAACACCUACAUAUCAUAGUGCCAAUAACACAACUGUGCUAAAAGAGAUACGAUAUCAAUAGCAGUGAUAAACGUAAGAUAGAUGCUGUGUC